GAGUGUGCGUGGGGACAGAGCUGGAGGAAAGUGUGUGCAAGGAGGGUAGUGGCUCUGGGGACAUGCCAUAGUCCACUCUGGGAUCCUAAUCAAGCAGCUGGACAAAAAUUGACAUUAUGCCAAAGAUGAGGACCCAGGCAGGAGUUUUGUUUUUGUUGGCCCAGUGUGUGGUCUACUCUGAUGCUUGGUUCUGGUCCUGGACUGGUACCACAACGUUGGCCCCAACAAUGGAUGAGGGGUCUGGCAGUCCAGCAGGUAGUGGAGAACAACCAACAGAGGCCAGAGUUGGAGCACAGAUCAUUGAUGAGAGUCAUGGAAUCCAAGUGACUGGGCAGGCUUGGAUUGAGACCACUGAAUCUGCAGCACUGACCACUUUAAUACCUGCUACACCACUGGAGAAUGAGCAGUCAUCAAAAAAGGGCACAAUGGGGAUUUCAUCACCCUUGAUCAAACCUGAAGACACAGGAGUCUCCCUAAUGCAGCUGAUUGGGGAUCCUCCUCCCAAGGAGAUCACCCGAGUCUUUGGGCCCGACAACAGCUCCAGAUACAUCUUUGGCCUUGAUGCCAACACAGGCCAGCUGGCACGCGCCCACCUCCCAAGCCCAUUCUACAGAGACUUUGCCCUCAGGGUCAACCUGAAGCCCACCUCUGACAGGGGGGGAGUCAUCUUCUCUAUCACAGAUGCCACGCAGAAGAUCAUGUAUGUGGGGGUUAAACUGUCAGCCGUACAGGGCGGCAAUCAGAACAUCAUCCUGUACUACACAGAACCUGACUCGCAGCAGUCGUAUGAAGCAGCCAGGUUCCUUGUGCCCUCCAUGAGGGACACCUGGACCCGUUUCUCCAUCGCUGUGAGGGACGACAAGGUAUUGUUCUACCUCAACUGUGACACAGACCCUCGGGUGAUGCGCAUUGAGAGGUCCCCAGAUGAGAUGGAGCUGGACGCCGGUGCUGGGGUGUUCGUCGGGCAAGCUGGAGGGGCUGAUCCUGACAAGUUCCUGGGGGUGAUCGAGGAGCUGAGGCUGGUGGGAGACCCCCGCGCUGCUGAGAGACUCUGUGAAGAGGAUGAGGACGACUCCGAUAUGGCUUCAGGGGAAGGAAGUGGCAGUGACGUACCGAGACCCACCAGACCAAGUGUGGAGAAACACAGAUGGACGACUGCUCCUCCGUCCUCUGGGCCCAUCCCUGAGCCGCCACUUAGCAAGAAAGAGACUGCUGCUACUGGGACGGCAAGUGGCACCCAGCUCAUUUCAGGACUCCCGGGGUCACCAGGACCAGCUGGGGAUAGAGGAGAGAAAGGUGACCGCGGGGACAGAGGAGAGAAAGGAGACAGGGGACCAAUUGGGGCGAAGGGAGAAUCAGGCUCUGGCUCCAGCUCUCGGGGUGGAGCCCGCGGAGAGAAGGGAGAACCUGGAGAAAAGGGAUUAAAGGGCAGCGCAGGAUUUGGCUACCAAGGAAAGAAGGGGGAUUCCGGCCCCCCUGGGCCCCCCGGCCCCCCUGGCCCUCCAGGAGCUGCCACUGAGCUUUCAGUUAGCAGUGAUGGCUCAGUUGUUUCAGCAGGACCUGGACCACGAGGACCAGCUGGACCUCAAGGUGUCCCAGGCUCCCAGGGACCACCAGGAGCUGAUGGAGAGCCAGGUGAUCCUGGUGAGGAUGGAAAAACUGGUCCUGAUGGACCUCCAGGCUUCCCAGGAACCCCAGGUGACCCUGGAACCAAAGGAGAAAAGGGAGACCGUGGAGAGGGUCAACCUGGCCCGAGGGGGCCCCCAGGACUUCCCGGUCCCCCUGGAUCAGGAGUCAGAUCUACUUUUGUGGACAUGGAAGGUUCAGGUUUCCCUGACCUGGAAUCUAUUCGGGGACUACCUGGGCCACCAGGUGCCCCUGGUCCCCCCGGGCCUCCUGGCCCUGCUACAGCUGGCACAGCAAUGACUUCUGGAGCAUUUGGUCCACCAGGAAAGGAUGGGGCACCUGGACAACCUGGUUUGCCUGGUUUACCGGGUACUGAUGGCCUCCCAGGAGCUGCUGGUCCCAAGGGAGAAAAGGGUGAUUCAGCCGAGCUGGGUCUUCCAGGAGUAGCUGGAGAGAAGGGAGCUCGAGGAGACCCUGGUUUACCAGGACGUGCAGGAGAGUCUGGACUGGCUGGUCUGCCUGGACCCAUUGGACCGGUGGGGCAGCCCGGGCCCCCCGGACCUCCUGGACCAAGUUAUCGUGUUGGAUUUGAUGACAUGGAAGGCUCAGGAGGAGGUUUCUCCAAUGGACUUCCUGGUAUCAGAGGACCUGAAGGAAGACAGGGUCCUCCUGGUUUUCCUGGACUUCCUGGUAAACCUGGGUUGCCUGGUAUACCGGGUCAGAAGGGCAGUGAAGGUGCUACAGGACGAGACGGGCGACCUGGGUUGGAUGGCUUCCAGGGACCUCAGGGACCAAAGGGUGAAACUGGGGACAAAGGCGAGAGGGGUCAAUCAGGUCGAGAUGGAACCGGACUCCCAGGUCCACCAGGCCCACCUGGACCACCAGGACAAGUCAUCUACCCUUCGUCUGGAAACUUUGACGGAGUCGUCGGCAGUGUUGGGCCUCAGGGUGGACCUGGUAUACCUGGUCAAGCUGGAUUCCCUGGCCCUAUUGGACCAAAGGGUGACAGAGGCGACCCAGGAGCUACUGGCUUCGGGGUGAAGGGAGAGAAAGGUGAGCCCGGCUUGGUGAUCGGACCUGAUGGAAAUCUCCUGUCUCUAGAUACGUUAAGAGGCCUGAAGGGAGACAGAGGAGCUUCUGGCCCUGUUGGACCUCCUGGCCAGUACGGGCCUCCUGGAUUAAAGGGUGAAAUUGGAAUGCCUGGAAGACCUGGUCGCCCAGGUGUGAAUGGGUACAAGGGAGAGAAAGGAGACACAGCAGUCGGUUCUGGCUAUAGUUACCCUGGAGUCGCUGGACCUCCAGGACCGCCCGGACCACCUGGACCCCCUGGGCCACCCAUUCCUCUGGACCGCUUCAAUCGAUAUGAUGAAACUUCAAGGAAUUACCAAGUUAAAGGGGAAAAAGGAGAACGUGGUGACAGAGGAGUUCCAGGAAUCCCAGGAACAGCUUCUAAUUUUGAUAUUUACACAUUCAAGAAUGAGCUGAAGGGAGAGACUGGAGAUCCAGGCGUGAAGGGAGAAAAAGGAGAGCCUGCUGGUGGUUACUAUGACCCACGUUUUGGAGGAGUGCAGGGCUCACCAGGGCCUCCUGGCAAACCGGGCCUACCGGGUCCCAAGGGAGAUUCCAUAAUAGGCCCCUCUGGGCCCCAGGGACCACCAGGGUCACCAGGCAUUGGUUACGAUGGACGUCCAGGUCCUCCAGGACCACCUGGACCUCCAGGGCCCACAGCCUCGCUCCCUGGACCAUAUAGGCCCAAUCACUCCGUCAGUGUCCCUGGACCCCCUGGUCCUCCUGGCCCACCUGGAAAUCCUGGCUCCUCCUCUGGUGUCACAGUUUUGAGGUCAUACGACACAAUGAUUGCUUCAGCCAGACGCCAGGCAGAGGGCAGCCUCAUCUACAUCAUCGACAAAUCAGACCUGUAUUUAAGAGUACGAGAUGGAGUGCGGCAAGUCAUGCUCGGAGAGUACCGACCAUUCUUCAGAGAUCUGGAGAACGAGGUGGCAGAGGUCCAGCCACCGCCUGUAAUCCUGUACCCUCAGUCCCAGGACCAGUCCCACAACAACGGAGCUGGCCAUUACUCCAAGAGCGACACUGCCAUACGUCCCAUUGAGCCUCCACCGCAACCGCCCGUAGAGCCUGUAUACCCCCCACAGUACGAUCCCAGGUUCCCAGACCCUAGACAAACGGGUCAGACAGAUGGAAGAUUAGCCACCCAGAACACUGGGAACAGAUACCCAGUCACUCCACAGAGACGACCAAGCCCGCCUCUUCCACAGCCUGCCCAUGUGGACGCAUCAGGACUACACAUCAUCGCCUUGAACGCCCCUCAGACUGGUAACAUGCGAGGGAUCCGCGGGGCAGACUUCCUGUGCUUCCAGCAGGCUCGUGCUGUGGGCCUGAAGGGAACCUUCAGAGCGUUCCUGUCCUCCAAGCUUCAAGACCUCUACACCAUCGUCCGCAGGUCGGACAGGGACAGCCUCCCCAUCUUGAACCUCAAGGACCAAGUGUUGUUCAGCAGUUGGGAGUCAAUCUUUGGAGACAAUGCGAGCAAAAUGAGGGAGAAUGUACCAAUCUACUCGUUCGAUGGUAGAGAUAUCAUCAGGGACAGUGCAUGGCCUGAGAAAAUGGUCUGGCAUGGAUCGAGCAACAAAGGCCACAGGCAAACAGACCACUACUGUGAAACAUGGCGAGCAGGCGACCACGCUGUUACUGGUCUGGCAUCAUCAUUACAGAGCGGCCACCUCCUGCAGCAAACCUCCAGCAGCUGCUCCGGCUCUUAUAUCGUCCUCUGCAUUGAGAACGCCUUCAUAUCACACUCCAAAAAAUAAAUCCCGUCCAUCCUCCUUUUUUCUCUUUUUGUUUCCGGGCCCUAGUUAAACACAGUUUUGCUCUCCGAGCAGACAUGUAUUUAAUUCCCUGAUCACAUUCCUUGUGAUCACACAGCGUCCAGUGAACUGGCCCUGCCGCUUUUUGCUUGGCAGAGACGCUUUGCAUUGUCUGCUCCUCCCCCUCCAUAAACGCCAAAGAGAUGGUUCGAACAGAGGGGGGUUGGUCCGUUUUUCUUCAGGGCACUGGCAAAUAUUCUUCUUUGAGGGGCGGAACCACAGCGGCGAAGCUAAACACAUUCUCAAAUUGUAUCCAUUUUUUAAAAUUCUGUAUAUUACAUGUUUGUUGUAUGUUCUUUUUUGUUUUAUUUGACGUUAUCAAUGUUUUAACUUUUGAACUGUUUCAAAAAAUAUGCUAUAUCCAUUCAGUUUUUUUUUUAGGGAUGGAUCAUGUCCUUUUUUUACUAUUUCAUUUUAGAAUUGUGGGUUAUGAUGGGGUACAGCAAACAUUUAAGGACUAUUUUGAAUUUAAAGAAGAUAAUAGAUAUUUAUUUUUAAAUGAAGUUAUGUAAGAACAAAAAAAAAAGAUUAGGAAAAAUAAAAAAUGCUAAAUACCCACAUUUAUAUUCUACACAGCACAGAACAGUUUUUUUUCAGAAGAGCCUCUGAUCAGACACAACCGAGAAUGGACUCAUAAAGUCAACCACUUUCUUUGUACACACUAUUCUACCAGUAAAUGACUGUCAUCUUUGCUCCUGCAGAUGCUUUUACAUCACCCUAAAUUCAAAUGACCUUGUUUGACAAACACUACUGUAAUGAAUAAACUAAAAAUGAUUAUUUUCCCACUUUCUAAAAACCAGAGAACCAGUGAGUAAGCUGGAGAUGAUUAGUUUGUGGCUAAUCUUAGGUGUGACGGAAAUCACUCCAACAGUUAGGGUCAAGAAAACCCAGGCAGUUGUGUUUUUCCUCAGUAGCGAUGCGAUGAAUUCCAGAGACUAACUCGGGCUUAGAGCUACUGAUGUGUUGACAGAACCUGUGGAUGUCCAUUUUUAUAACAAUAUGUGCUGUACUGUUUCUCCCAGGCACUGAAUUAAAGUCUUUUUCAACCACAGCGAUAUUGUGAUGUACUCAUACAUCAGCCUAUAUACAGCGUGGUGAAUUAUUUUAUUCACUUUCAUGACACCCUGCGAUAGCUCUGUGACCUUGACAUGUUUCACUCAGCUGCCCUGACCAGCAGGUUUAUGUCCUGCACUUGGUGCUACAUCAUGUGUUAACCUUCACAGUCAGUCUUCACCUGGAAGAUACUUCAAUUCACUCAUAAUAUCUAUUUGUCACAUCUAUUCGGCCUGUGUUCAUGAAGCAGCUCAUUGAGGUUAAUUGGGUGACCUUAUACUACAGUACAACCAUAAUUGUGAUGACUGCUAUUUUAUUGAUGUGCUUAAACUAAAAAUGUACAUCAACAAGAAUUUCAUAGAAUCCA